AUGCUUAUUUACGUGCCGUCGAACCCACGCUGUUUCUCCGACGCGCGCUCGCUACGUAUCCAGAUGCUUUCCAGGGUGGGGCAUAACCGCUCCGCGUUCUGCUCGAGCGUGCCUUCGCCAGCGCCGCCUUUCAAUGCCAAGGUUAUUGUCGCGCUCGUCUGGGAACAGAUUUCGCCAUCAAACUCCCUAUUUCAGUUCAACAACAAGCGUCAGCUGGUUCUCUAG